AUGUCUUCACAAUCAGGUGAUGCUCAAACAAUUGUGGUCACGGGCGCCAAUCGAGGAAUUGGUCUCAGCAUUGUCAAGCAACUGCUGAGCCAGUCUGGCCCUGGCACCCUCAUUAUCGGCGUGGACUUGGCAGAUGAACAAUUAAGGCUUCUGAAAUCCUCUCCGCCCGACAAGUUCGACCAUGUCACUGGCGAUAUCUCGCAACGAUCUACAAGUGAAAAAACUGUCGCCUUAGCUAAGGAACGCUCCGGUCGCCUGGACGCGCUAGUUUUGAAUGCAGGCGUUCUCAGGCCGGUCGGUCUUGUCGCUGAUAUCAGCGUUGACGAGAUGAAGAAACUUUUUGAUGUCAAUUUCUUUGCGCUCUUUCACACGAUUCAGCUCGCCCUUCCGGAGCUGCGACGCAACCACGGCAAAAUUAUUAUGACAUCAUCUGGUGUCACCGAUGAACCCUCCACGGCGUGGGUUGCGUACGCUUGUUCAAAGGCGGCAAUGAACUAUUUGGCUGCGUCGAUACCCUUGGAAGAGCCGGAUGUGACCACCGUGUGUCUCGCUCCCGGCAUUGUAGACACUGGGAUACAGAAGGCGGUUCGCGAUGAACAUCAACAAACCAUGCCAGAAGACCAAUACAAAUGGUUGGCAGAUCUGCAUGCAAAGGGAGAGCUCCUUUCCCCUGACCUGCCUGCUAGCACUUUUGUCAAGCUGGCACUUCAUGGUAUCCCAAAGGAUGCUGCAGGGAAGAUGGUAUACUGGAACGAUCCUCGCGUGAAGGCGUGA